UAACCGUUAGCUAGCUAACGUUAGCCACUCUGUGUAUCUAGCAGCAGUCGUAGCGCAGAGAAACUCGUGCUCCGUCCAAACACCAAUGACAGGGACACUAAACUUUCAAAUAUGCGCCUGGAUAUGCACUAAUAUUUGGCUGGUUAAGUUUUACUACCCUUUUCACCACGUUUUGCGAAGCUAUCUCUGAUCUGAAAACCGCCCAACUUAACUGUCGACUAUGGACCCAGACCGACUGAAACGAAGAGAGGAAAUUCAGAAAGCAAUGAGUUUCAUCCAGUCAUCAUUGCCUUUUCCAGAGCCUGAGAGUUAUGAGGCAUUUCUGACCCAGUUAGUAUGUAACUUGCUGGAUGAGGGGAAUUCUUGUUUUCGAGAUGGGGACUGGCGUCAGGCAAGCCAGCAGUACGGGGAGGGGAUAAGUGUAGCCCGCUAUGCUCAGGCUGAGGCCCUUGUCAUCCCCACUGAGCUGCUGGAGAGCCUCUAUGUCAAUAGGGCUGCAGCCUUCUAUCAGACGAGGGAGUAUGAGCGUGGUGUGCAGGACUGUGACAGCGCACUGUGUGUGUCAGAAGGCUGCCGUAGAGCUUUGUAUCGCAAAGCAAUCUGUCUGAGGGAGCUGGGACGAUUCAGAGAGGCCUACGAAUGUGGAACCAAAUGUCUUCUCACAGCACCUCACGACAGACAGGUGAGCGAACUCGCCCAGGAUCUGGCCACUAAACUGGGCCUUAAAGGUCGAAAAGCUUACGUCAGCUCCCAAACAGAAUCCACAGCCACUGAAGGGGAGAGUCACGGGGAGAGCUCCCCUCCCACAGGAGAGAUGUCCUCGAAUGGGCUGGAAUCUCUGAAUGACAUUGGACCAAGUGACCUGUCUAGUCCACAGUGCAUCCCUGCUCCUUUAGCCACACCCAUCCCAGUCAGCGAUGAGCCGGCGACACCCAUUGUGUCCCCCUGCACUGACCUGUCUGAGAGCCCCAGCAGCCAGACCCUGCCUCCCAUGCCAUACUCCGUCCCUGUGUCUGAUCAGAUGGAGGAAUGCAGCAGCAGCCUCAAGGAUGAGCUGGACAGCCUGCUGGAGUGCAUCCCAAAGAAAGUCAGUGAAAGUCCAGUCCAGGGUGCUAUCCCAACCAAUCUCCCCAACACAGCGGUGGGUCUCCGGCCUCCGUAUUCCCCGAGCCUUCCAGCCCCAUCACCUCAGCUACCUUCAGCCUUCUUCAGCUCCUCUAUCAGUGAAAUGCCCCCUCUAGAGACUUAUUUGCCUCUGGCCCAGCGGGACCAGGGCUCCACCCAGGCGCAGGACGCACUGGGAGGCUUCCCCACAGAUGGUGAAGGGAAGGCAGGAGUCGCUGCUGGCGGGUUGGACUCACUGUCUGAGUACACUCUCCCUGGGGGACGAGUCUGUCACAGCUUCAUCCCUGGAAUGCGCAAUCACAGUUCUGCACAUGCAAACGGUCCAGCGGGAACAAACCUGUCUCUGCUCUCCAGAAACCCCUUGGCAGCCACACAUGAGUUUAGGCAAGCCUGUCACGCCUGUUACAGCAGAAUAGGUCCACGAGUGAUGGACUACAAGUAUCAACCAGAAGCUGCACACCGCUGUAAGAGGGAUGUGCUGCUAUGCCGUAUAAAAAGUACAGAUGACCCCACUUGGAAGAGAAUCAGGCCAAGACCAGCACGAAACAACUUCCUGGGGGCAUUUGUACUCUGUAAAGAGGUACAAGAGCGCCAGGAGUGCCAGUAUGGGGAGAACUGUACAUUUGCUUACUGCCAGGAAGAGAUUGAUGUUUGGACUCAGGAGAGGAAGGGCGCGUUGAGCAGAGAGCUGCUGUUUGAUCCUCUGGGUAGCACAGAGAGACGAGCGCUCAGCGUCACCAGGCUACUGCAACUCCAUAUGGGCAUGUUCAUGUUCCUCUGUGAGGAAUGUUUUGACAGUAAGCCCCGCAUCAUUAGCAAACGCAGCAAAGAAAACUUAGCAGUGUGCUCAAACCUCACAGCUCGACACCCGUUCGACGACAACAAGUGCCUGGUGCACGUGGUGAGGUCAGCCAAUGUGCGCUACAGUAAGGUGCGUCCCCUGCACCCUCUCUGUCAGUUUGAUGUGUGUCGCCAUGAGGUUCGCUAUGGCUGCCAGCGUGAAGACAGCUGCUCCUUUGCUCACUCUGUCAUAGAGCUAAAAUGCUGGGUCCUGCAGCAGGAUACCGGUAUCACACAUGAAGAGAUGGUGCAGGAGUCCAAGAGACACUGGCAGAGGCUGGAGCAGAAUGCACAGAAACAGCAGAAGCCCAUCCACACCCCCCAUCCAAGCAGCAGCUUACCUCCAGGAGGAGUGGGUGGAAUGGGAGGUGGUGGCGUAGGUGGAGGAGUUGGGGGAGAUGGCCUUGGUGGAGGUGGUGUGAGCCCAAUGGGUGGCAUGGGGGUGGGGGGGUUGGGAGCAGUGGCUGGAAGAGGGCGACCACUCAACCUUAAAAUGAAAUUUGUGUGUGGUCAGUGUUGGCGAGAAGGACAGGUAAACGAACCCGACAAGAACCUGAAGUACUGCACAGCCAAAGCACGUCACAGCUGGACAAAAGAGCGGCGGGUCCUUCUGGUGAAAUCCUUUGAGAAGAAGAAAUGGGUAGUUGUUCGGCCUCUGCCUUUCUCUCGUACAUAUCCACAGCAAUAUGACAUGUGUGUGCAUGUGAUGAAGCAGAAGAAAUGCCACUAUAUUGGGAACUGCUCAUUUGCCCACAGUCUGGAAGAGAGGGAUGUCUGGACAUACAUGAAGAACAACAGUUUGAGAGAUAUGCAACAGAUGUAUGAACUGUGGCUUCAGCUCACCAAUCAGAGCAGACGUACAGACAGCUCAGCUGUGACCCCGCCCCCAGAGGACAAGCAAGUCACCAUAACAGCAGAUUACACAGAGGGCAUGGGAGGUCGGGGGUUGUCAGACGGAGACGAUCUCUGUGGUUGAACAGAGGCAGCUGAUCACUGCUGAGCUCCAGACAGAGACGGGCCUGCUAUACCAGCUACAACUCAACAGUCUGUCAUCUUACCAGUCUGACCCCCUCAAGCAUCUAGCCAGUAGUGUGAGAGAAGAUUGUCACACUUCCGCCCUCAUAUAUGCACACAAACAUAGCAGACACAUCCUCACAGCACGAAAUACACCAACCACUGGCACCAGUCAACACAGAGAGAAGGCUGCAGUUACACACAGCAGCUUUAGUUUCCCACUAAGCAGAUUAUACCACAGAGAGUCCACAGACAACUAGUUUUACCCUGACUAAAAUCAAAUCAGCUAGUGUUCCCUAGUGCUCUUAGACCAAGCAACUUUGAUUUCUUUUUUGUGUUUCGCGGCACUGAAACAAUUCUAUGUUAGGUGCGCUGGUCGCACCCCGUGUAUUUUGCUUGGUGAUGGUUCAAAGUUAAUUUGAAGCUCAGCACAAGUACGUGAAAAGUUGAAUUUAUUUUACUUUAUAGUGCCAAAACUGCUGAGCGCUCAGUGCUGUUGAUGGCUAAUGAGACUGAAGAAUCUAUGUAGUGAUGUUUAAAAAAAGAGGUUCUAGGUGGAAACUUGUCUUUGAGCAACCAAAUUGUACUCUCCUUCCUUAAUGGGAACAGGAGAGGGUCAGAUUAACCUCUAGGGAUUCAUUAUUUUGAGCUUUUUCUCUAAGGGGAGUUGUACUUCCCUGUUAUAUUGUCUGCCAUAUUGGUAGAGUGCUAUGAAUGUAAAGCCUGCAUGGGCCUUUAAAACUAGGAAUUAGUCAUUUAAAACAUUGCUGUGGUUGUGGAAUGUAUCAAUAGAAAAGAAUAUUAACAUACCCAAGAAAGAGCUGGUGUAACAGAACAUUUACCAUGAUGCAACACAACCCUGGUGAAAAUCAGCUCCUUAAUUGGAGGAGAACUAACACAUAAAACCCUUGUUGUUGCUUUCAGCUGACGCCCAGGUGAAUCAAAGUAUAAUUGAAUGCCAGCCCCUCUUACAUCGAUGCAAAAAGGGGGACAAAACAAGCUCAGUGCAUCACCUGUUGCUAGGUUGAGCAUGGCUAAUGGCUUAAAGCAAUUGUUGCCAAAGCGACCAAGGUGCUACUCAUCACCAUCAAUACACUGUCGUAGGAACGCAAAGAAACCUGGAGUUGGUGUUGAAAGGUGACAGAGAAGUGACUGCAGCAUAUGUAAAGUCUGGGCUAGAGCUGCUCUCAGCAAUGGAUCAGAUCAGACCACAGAUGCCCAUAAAUAAAUAAUGAUGACCUCCCUUUGACUGAAGCACAGUGAGAACACUGACCAUGAACAAGUGUUUAGUUGUUAAAUAUAAGAAUUUUGAAACUAUUCAAAGGAAAUGAUUAUUUAGAGAGUAAAAAGCUGAGAGAUGUCUAAUUAAAAGGGAUGAUGAAGAAUGCAUUUAUCUCUAGUUUUAGGUGAUAAAAGUACAGAUAAUUUGAACAUAAGGGUGAGCUGCCGCUUCUUUAGUUGAACUGAGGUCAUUAUUUAAUUGAAAACCAAUCACGCCCCAUAGCCUCCCAGUGGGAACCCGUGUUCCUCAUAUGCAUCAGAGUGUAGUGUUCCUGUUGGCUAACGGUAGCCCCUAACAUUGAUCUGCAUUAUGGGAAACCCGCUAGCUUGAAACAGGAAAAUGAUUCAUACCCCAUAUCGUGCCUAUAGACAACACAUAAACAUAUUACAUGCACACACAAACACACCGGCAGGAUACCUGUCGCUAUCUUAUUCAAGCCUUUACUGUGGAAGGAGACACAAUGGAGGUAUGUCUAUAUUCAGAUACAUAUACAUGCAUAUUAUACAUAUUUACAUAUAAUGGUAUACUACUAAUAAUAAUUGAUAACUUAGCGGUUAAGCUUAAUAAAUAUAUAACCUGAAAAGCUGUAUUGAUUACAUAGAAGAACUUCUUGUUAUUGAGGUAUUGCUAUAUGACAUGUAUCGCUGAACUAGAUGACUAUAGUGUUUUUUUUUUUAAGGAUUACUCCUUUUAUUUUGUAAUUUUUCCUUCUGUGUGGGCUGUUCCAGACAGGGUUUAUGAAGUUGUUUUACAGCAGAGAGGUAAAUUGAAUGAGUUGACUGACACACUUUUUCUUUGCUUUUUCUUUUGUUUCAUUGUUUACAAGUGCAGCUGCUGAUCUCAGUGUAUAGGAUACAGAGAUGUUCUCACUCAAUAAUAUGAGAGCAACAUUGAGAGAAGCUUUUCGUUCUGUUUUAAGUAGUGAACUUGGAUCAGUGCAUUUACUCAAUAUCCCAAAAUACCUGCAUUUUAAAAAUAUUGACAUGCAAUCUGGGCUAAAGGCAGUUGCAGUCAAUUCCAGCAAAAGUUUGAAAAAGCAGAAGAGACAAUUUACCUGAAGAAACAUACUUGGUCUACAGAAUAGUCUGCAGGCCCUACUUUUUAUAACUAAAAAAAGGUCUGGACAUUAAGGCUGUUGUCUUAUUGAGCUUCUUAAAACUGGCAUGAUCCUGUAUGGCAAUUUAAAUGAACAAGCAAACCACUGACUUAGCCAAAACCAUGUCUCCAGUCAGUUUGCGGGUCACAUUGCUUCUGUUUUGGGGGUAUUGUUGAUUUUGAGCCUUUGUCUGGAACAGCCCAGGUAUUAGCUUCUCUGAGGGAUCGUAUUACUACUACUCCUAGUAUUAUGAUGAAUAUGAUGACGAUAAUGAUUGCUAUCUAUUGACUAUUUCUAUUUCUUCUCUAUAUGCUAUUGAUAUAUGUAUGUUAAUUGCAAUGUAUAACUCUCUUUAUAUAUGUAUCCAUGUAUGAAUAUAAUAAUUGACAGUUAUAUGCGUCUGUGUAUGCAGCAAUGCACAGCUCUGUCUGGAGGCAGAAAACAUCCAGCUUCUGAUGAGUAACUUGUGUUUAAAUCACUACAUGAUCGUUGAGGUAAAGUAGGCCUGCUUGAUAUGAAUGUAAGCUGAGCCCUGUUUGUAGGCAGAGGACUGUUUAGGUUCUGGCCAAAGGUAAACAGUUAUAACUGAUAAUUGGCUGUUUCUCCUUGGGUAGUGUUGCAGUCUCUUUCCUACAAACAGAGCCCUCUGCUUGCUGCCAGAGCUGCGCAUUGAUGUUUAAAUUGAUUCAAAGACAGAUCUGGAACAAAAGCAUACAUAGUAGCCUAUAUACUCCCGUAUAGCGCCUUAUUCGAUAUACUACACCUAUAAGAUGAUACAUACCCCUAUUGUAUAAUCCUGCUUACUAUAUAUACACUAUAUGAUACCUGAUACCUAUUAUAAUACUUAGACACCCUUUAUAAGGGGAUUUAGAUAAGAGAUAAUGGAGCUGUUUCUUUUCUGUGGCUGUGGUCAGUAAAAUGUUCCCAUCUUGUUCAGGGUGUGAGGAGAAUGCUGCAAACUCAAAUGCUCUUUUCAGUCAUUAAAUGUUGGUUAAAGAAAAAUGUAAACUAUUU